AUGCGCUCUGUCGUGGGCAUCUCCAAGGGCCUCCGUGUCGGGGUCAUCGUCCUCGGUGCCCUGGUGGUGGUGGGCAAGAUCGGUGCCGAGUGGUCGCCCAAGCGCGGCCUGCCGCAUCACAUGCCCACACCGCGUGUGGUGGCGGAACUCGCAGGGCUCUUUGCAGACAUCCAGGCGGCAGCAGGGCCUGCCGGUGGCGCCUCGCUCCGCGACACGGCCGGUCUGCUCUCGCGGACCCGAACGGUGCUGCGGGCGCUGGCCGGGACCUCGCUGUAUGCUCCACGGCGCGGGGCCGGGUUGAUCGGUGCAUCGCGUGCUUCGGGCCUACGAGGAGACUCGGAUGCCGAUAUAGCUGCUGCCUCGGCCGCACGGACCAUGUUCCGCGCCCUCGACUCGUCGCCCCCGAUCCGCUGCCCGCCUAACGACCCGCGCCUGCUCAUCGUCGCCGCCGCUGCUGCAAACAUCCCCGAUCUCCUUGAACUUCUGGCCGAUUGCGACGCACCGCUCGAGGCAGCCGAGGCCGAGUCUGGCAAGACUGCCCUGCACGCCGCCGCAGACCUCCUCGCACUCGAUGCCCUCGCCAUGCUGCUGGAGCUGGGCGCAAUGGUCGACGUCGCCGAUGCUCAAGGCCGCACUGCACUGCAUGUCGUUGCCGCCGCUCACGAAGUUGAUGCUGUAUCGGGCGCACGUCGCGCCAUCGAGCUAUUGGUCGGCGCAGGCGCCUCGGUCUCGGCCCGCGAUGCCGCAGGAUGCACCCCUGUCGCCGCCGCAGCCGCCGCUGGGCAUCCAGCAGCCAUCGCGCUGCUGGCGCGGUACGCGCCCGGCUCGUCAUCAAUCGCCGACGCUCGCGGCUGCCAUCCGCUGCAUGCUGCGCUCCUCCUCGCCCCGACCCAUACCUCGGUCGAGACCGUGUCCGAACUGCUUAACUCGGGCGCCGAUGUCGACGCGCCGUUCGCCCCGCUCGAGCCCGACGAUCCGCUCACAGGCUACUCGCCGUUGCAGCUGGCCGUGGCCAUCGUUCCCGAGUCUGACUACCAGGAGGCUCUUGUUGGCGUCCUCCUCCGCUCCGGUGCAUCGAAGGACUCGCUCGACCCGACCAUCCCACCACCGCUCUGCCUCGCUGUCAACGCUGGCCGCGCCCGGACCCUUGCCUAUCUUGUCCAGAUGGGCGUCGAUGUUAAUGCUGCAGAUGCACAUGGUGCAACCGCCCUGCACUACGCUGCUCGCACCGGUGCCAUCGCAAUGGCCACCGCCCUCCUGGACGCUGGCGCCGACCCGAACGCAUCGACGUUGUCCUACCCGCUUCAUCUGCGAGUUUCUACCGUCUCCAUCCCCACCCAUCUGUGGCAGCAAGUCGACGGUGCCACCCCGCUGCACUUUGCUGCCGCCCGCGAGCUUGAGCCGCUGGUCGAGGCUCUCGUCGGCGCCGGCGGUAACCUCGCGCUCCGUUCCGCCGCCGGCAAUACCGCCGCAGACCUAGCAACGUCGUCAUCGCGCAUCCAUGAGCUUGUCCUCUCGGUCUUUCAGCUGCCGCCGCCGUGGGCGGAUCGGGUCCAUCCGCCCGACGACUUUGCCAACCACAUGGCCGCCGCCAUUCCCUCCAAGGCCAUGGCCCGCGUCGCUCUCUCGCACGAGCUCUACACCCUUGUGGCAGCCGCACCGCUUGAGCCUACGCCCAUGGAACAGACCAUCAUCCCGCAGGCACUCGACCUUGUUGCUGCCGGCGCCUCGGUCUCGGCCGUCGACGCCUCAGCCGUCCCUCUACUCUUUGCUGUCAUCCGUAAGCUCCCCAAGCGGCACGCGCGCACUCCGACACACGUGCGUGCCGCCACGGCGCUCGUAGCUGCGCUUCUCUGGCGCUCAGAGCUCGACGACGUCGAGCCGUGGCCUUUGGCCUCAGAGCAGCUCGACGGCCAGCCGAGCUCGAUUGCACCUGGCGCGCUCCGCGCCUCGCUCUCCAGCGAUGCUCUCGCUGCCCUCAACCUGGACGAUGUCGACAACUCGAGCGGCGAGGCGCAGACCCUGGUCCAUCUUGCUGCGGCGUACGACAUGGAGGCGUUGGUGGUGGCGCUUGUCGGCCUCGGAGCCAGCUUUGAUGCUCGCAACGGGCUUGGGUACACGCCGGUCGAUGUCGCUGCUGGCGCGCAGUCGUCGUACGCGCUAGCAGCGCUGCUGGCGGUCGGCGCAUCAGUGACCUGCGAGCUGAGCCGGGUCGAGGCAACACUGGGCGCAGUGGGUGCAUCAGCGCGGCUGGUACACGAGCUUGUGACCCGACACGGCGCCGGUCCGCCUGGUGCCGGCGAGCUCAGCCUCGGUCCAGUUGCCUUUGAAAGCGCUAUGGUCAACGCGCUCCUUGCGCGAGACCAUGAGCUUGUCCGGCUCCUCUUGGCACCGCCGAUCUCGGUUGAUGUCCAUGCGACGGUAGAGUGGUCGGCAGAACUUCCCGUGCGAUCGCGGACGUCGCUGCUCCUGCUUGCGGCGCUCCUCGCUGACCACAUAGCCAUGAUCGAGUUGCUACGUGCUGGAGCUGAUCCGCGUGCGGCCGAUGCGAACGGACUCACCCCUCUCCAUGCACUGGUAGUCCAAAACUCGAUGGCAUCGCAGCGCGGAAUCGACUUGCUUCUGGGCGCAGAGCGGCCGGCUGUCAACGCGACCGACCUCCACGGUCUGGCGCCAAUCCAUUAUCUUGUCGACGCGCAGUUGUGGGAUCCAGACUCACUGCGCGCUUUCAAGCCGGCAUUGCGCGAAGCGCGGUUGAACGCGCUGCUGUCAGCCGGCGCAGAUCCCAACACGCCGACCAACUCGGGCGAGACGCCGCUCGGGCGCACGCUUAUUGGCUCGGCCGGCUCGACUGAGCAGAGCGGCUUUCUUGCAGCACAGUCACGAAUCGCCAGCAUGCUGCUUCAAGCCGGCGCCGACCCUAAUGCGCGUGAUGCCGAUGGGCGGACCAUUUUGCACCGUCUGGCGCAUCUCGGCCUGGCUGCGGCAGCACUGUGGCUACUCGAGGCUGGUGCCGAUCCGACUCUUGCCGACAGCACUGGAAAGACAACGCUCCACGUCGCGGCUCGAUCGGUAGCGACGUCAGAAAUGGUGGCGACGUUCAUUCCCGCGCUACUGCAAGCCAGCGGCUCGGCCCAGUACGUCAACUUGCGCGACGGCGCGGGGCGGACGGCGCUGCACUAUGCGGUGCUGGCCGGCUCGACCCCGACGAUCCAGCUGCUGACUGCAGCAGGAGCGUCCGCGGUGAAGGACAAUGACGGCCUCUCGCCGUAUGAUCUGGUGCUGGACGCUGGCGAGGGCGGCGAGGCUGGCGGCGGGGGGAACGGGGCCAGCCCCGGGCCGGGUGGCCUCGGCACCGUGCUAGUAGGCUCGGCAGCCGCCGGGCAAGAAGCGCGGCUUCGCGUUGCGCAGUGGCAGCGAAUGUUUGAUCAGCUCAAGGGUAUGAUCACGCUGGUAGUAGCAACGAUCCAGCUGGCGGCGUUUGCGCUCGAGCUCGAGCUCGCGUGGCACUCGUCGGCGCAGGUGGCGGUGGACAUUGCAGCUGCGCCACUACUUGCAGCCGCGCUGAGAAACGUCAACUUUGCGCUGCUGUUCUGGGCGGUGGCGAGCGGGCUCUUGCUCUUUACGCUCGCGUUCUGCUUCCGACGGUUCCGGCUUCACAAGAUCGGGGCGGUGCUCACCUGGCUCUGCGCUGACAUUCUGUUUGUCCCACUGCUGCGGGUGCUCGUUGCCAACUUUCGGUGCACCGAUGGCGAGGUGGCGGCGGCGCCCAGCCAAGCCUGCUUUACAGGCUCGCACACGUACAUGCUACUUGGCGCGACGGGGAUGCUUGCUCUGUACAUCCCGCUCACCUUUCGGCUUGUCCGACUCGACUUUCAACCCGAGGCCGUGUCCACGGCCUUCUCGCUCAACUGGGGUGCCGACGUGCUCCUUCUUAAGCGGUUCCGGCUGCACCGGAUGACCAAGCGGGUCAACACCCGCCUGACAGACAUCUUGCUCCACGCGCUCAAGCUUACACUAGUCUCAGUCUCGGUCAUCAUCUUUGACGAGAUCGCGGUCCUGCUUGUUGUCUACAUUGCCUUGUCGCUAGUCUACGUCACCGCCAUCGCCUGGCGGCCGUCGUACGUCAGCCGGCGGGUCAACUCUGCCCAGCUCGGUCUCGCUGCGUCGACCGUUGGGGUUAACCUCGCCGCCGGCUCGGCAUACCUCAUCGAUGACACCUCGUCGCUGGUCCCAGUCGCCGCCCUCGCCGCCGCCGUAUUUGUCAUCCCGCCGCUCGUUAUGCUCGUCCACGCCAAGCUUUGCGUCACUUCGUCGGACCAGGAACGUGUCGAGCUCAACGAGGCGCUACAGACAGUCAUCGAGACCGGCAACACGCUCACGCUUCUCCGCGAUGGCGAGCGCGCCUGCCCAGUAGCUCGAGUGUAG